AUAUGACCCUUGAUCGUAUCGUAUCGCGCUGCGGCGCGGGGGACAGAAAGUGGUAUACAUAACCGGUGGACUUUUGGAACUCUGACUACUACUACUACUACGAGACUCGGACGCACAAAAAUGUCGACGCCGCCAUUAUCUGGGGUGUACGUCCCCGCCGUGCUGUUCAUGAAGGAGAACGAAGAUCUGGACGAGGAGGCGAUCAAGGCGCACAUACUCAGGCUCGCGCAGGCGGGCGUCACGGGCAUCCUCGUCCAGGGCUCGAACGGCGAGGCGCAGCACCUCUCGCACGACGAGCGCAAGUACGCGAUCCGGCUCACGCGCUCGACGCUCGACGCGAACGGGUUCGAGAAGACGCUCGUGAUCGCGGGUACGGGGGCGCAGAGCACGCGCGAGACGAUCAAGCUCUGCCAAGACGCGAAGGAGGCGGGCGCGACGCACGCGCUCGUGCUCACGCCGUCGACGUGGGUGCCCGCGAUGACGCGCGAGAACGUGCUCCGGUUCCACCGCGAGGUCGCGGACGCGUCGCCGAUCCCGACGAUGGUGUACAACUUCCCGGUCGUCACCGCCGGGCAGGACCUCGACUCGGAUCUCAUCGCCGCGCUCGGCGCGCAUCCGAACAUCGUCGGCACCAAGCUCUCAUGCGGAAACGUCGGGAAGCUGCACCGGCUCACGGCCGCCCUCCCCGCGUCCUCGUUCGCCGUCUUUGCGGGCAAGUCGGACGUGUUCCUCCACGGCCUGUUGUCGGGCAGCGCGGGGGCGAUCACGGCGCUCGUGAACGUGUGUCCGAAGGUGCACGUGAGGUUGUACGAGUUGUGGAAGGAGGGGAAGGUCGAGGAGGCGAUGAGGCUGCAGGAGAGGUUGGGGAGGGCGGAUUGGGCGGUCGCGAAGGUGGGCGGGGUGGGCGGGAUCAAGGCGAUCGUGAGCAAGGCGUUUGGGCAUGGCGGGACGCAGGUGAGGGGGCCGUUGAAGAGCGCGGACGUAAACAAGUUUGGGCCCGAGGCGGGAGCGCUAUGGGAGCUGAUCGAGCUCGAAAAGUCGCUGUGAGCAGCGGAGAAGGGGCGGUAACCUCUCCGCCCCUGUGGUCUUGUACGCGUAUGGACCGAAUCUCUGUUCUGGUUUCACAAAUGCCAAUAGUGCAGUUGAACG